AUGCUUGGGGAGAAUGUUGAAAGCAAUGGUAGCAUAGCUGUACUUCAUCGACCAAUUGAUCUCUAUGUUGUUAGUAGUUCAGGAAAUAUCUACGUAGCUGAUAGUACUAAUCAACGUGUGUUACGAUGGUUACCGGGUGGAGAUCCCGCUACCGGUGGUGGAUUGGUGGCUUCUAAUACUCUGGGUACUCCAUAUGGUAUUGUAGUUACUGCAGACGAACAAACACUGUAUGUAGCUGAUACAAGUAACAAUUGUGUUAAAAAGUUUACCGUCGGUAUUGACAUUGCUACGAUAUUCGCUGGAAAUGGAACAGUAGAUUCUGGCCCUAAUGAAUUAAGUAGUCAGUAG